GGAGAAGAGGGAGCUGAUAGGCUCAGCCAGAAUUUCAGGCCAGUAAAGGCUGUUUUGAUAGGGUCAAAGGAAGGGUCUCUACAUCAUAUUCAACAAGUGGCCAAUCAGGCUGAUGCAAUGAGGCUCCUCGGUAACUUACUAGGAAACGAGGGGCAGUGGGCACGCGCUUGAAAGGCUGCAGGCGCCAUGGGCAGAGUGAGAAACGGCGCAAACACCCAGCAGCUGCAGGGGCAAAAACGGCCCGGGGAUCCCGCCGCAGCCUGCGCAGCCAUCGCGGUCAUGGGCGCGCGGCGCCCCCCUUUCCAAGUCCGCGUGGGGAGCCACGCGGCGGGGAGGAAGCCGGCGGCCGCCCGGCGGGAUUCCGCAAGGUUGCGGCGGAAGCGCUGGUGGCGGCGAACCCGGGAGGCAGCCUCCAGAGGCCCGCUACCAGCCCCGAAGCCGCCGGCGCCCGCCGCGUCCCCGGGCGAGAUGGACCUGGGCGCUCAGCGGGAGCGCUGGGAGACGUUCAGGAAGCGGCGGGGCCUCAGCUGCGAGGGCGCCGCCAAGUUCCUGCUGGACACCUUCGAGUACCCGGGCCUGGUGUACCACACCGGCGGCUGCCACUGCGGCGCGGUCCGCUUCGCCGUCUGGGCCCCCGCAGACCUGCGCGUGGUGGAUUGCAGCUGCAGGCUGUGCAGGAAGAAGCAGCACCGGCACUUCCUCGUCCCGGCCUCGCGCUUCACUCUCCUGCUGGGCGCCGAGAGCAUCGUCACGUACCGAUCCCACACGCACCCGGCGCUGCACAGCUUCUGCAGCAGGUGCGGGGUGCAGAGUUUCCACGCGUCUGUCUCUGACCCCGGGGUUUACGGCGUCGCCCCGCACUGCCUGGACGCGGGCACCGUGCGCAGUGUGGUCAUCGAGGAGGUCGACGGUGGCAACUGGGGGGAGGAGGCCACGAAGGAGCUCAAGGCCAUCCAGAACGCGUCUCCCGAGUGAGCCCCUGCCUCUCCUGAAGAGGAGCAGUGACUGGGGCCGCCACCCGCCUGAAACGUGCCCGGUGGCCUUCGAGGGGGCCACCUCAGUGCUUGUGAAGGAAUUACUGUAUGAAAGAGGUCGGUUUCUGGACUGGGGAACCCGUGAUGUCGC